AUGACCACAGAGCUAGAUUCGAAACAACUCGAUCAAUUGAAAGAGGCCGAAAAAUUGGCAUUUGACAAUCCGAGCUUUUUUGAGCAGAUUCUUGACACAACAAUCUCUAUAUGCCUAGGAACCCCAUGUAACGAGUUUCGACUCCAGUAUCAAUGUUUGAGCUUUAUUCACAAGGCUUUUUUUGAGAAGAAGAUUGGAUCUUUUGAAUUAAGAAGCCAACAGUCUGUCAAAGUGAUUCAGCUUCUCGAUUACUUGAUAAUUCGUAACGAAGAGAGAUCUCCAAAUUACUUGAUUAUACAGAAAUGUAUUGACAUUCUCAACGCUACAUACGAUCUUAUUUUUAUGCAGAUGGUUCAAAAUCCCAAUGAAGACGAAUGGGAACGCCUAUCUGAUGUCAGAGACUACCUACUUUCUCAGUGGCCCUCUUCAUAUCCAUUACAGCCAUAUAAUCCGGAAACUGACCUCUCGAGAUCAAUCGCAUGCAAAACUUCCCUCAUCAAACUGAUGGGAAAAAUUAUUCAAGUCCAACUUCCAGCGUCUUCUUCUGUUAAUGAUAUCGAACACGAUAUAUCAGUAUCUAUGAUCAAGUCUAACCAUCCAUUUUUAUUGAAUUCGAAUUUGUCAUCACAAGCACAAAAUCUAUUGGACAAUCUAUUUGCAGUUUUAAAUGAUGAUGUUUUGCUACCAACUGGGAUAUUCACGACAAUCAUGUCCACAAUGAUGACGCUGUUCAAAUCGAGACCCAAGUUCCUCUCAAAUAAGUUUAUCAUGUUUAUCCUGGCCUACGAGUCACAAUUGAAGAUUGAACCACGUUUCGAACGAGAGGAAAAGCUUAAAAUGAAACUAACCAAAAGGUUUAAUGACAGAGUUGACAAAUGCCUCAUUUCAAUACUUUUAAACAAGGGAUUCUUGGCAAAGGACCCGGGUCUGAGAACCAGAUUUGAGAACAAGUUCAACUACUUGCUGGACAAGGCACGAGAUGAAAGACAAAGGGGAAUAUUAAAUGUUGAUGAUGAUGAUGAUGACCCCGAGGUGAAAGAGAUUAAAAAACAAAAGAUUGAGGCUAUACAGAGAAACAAUAUGCUAUUCUACAACGAGUCCAAGAUUGCCAGAUCUCAUGACUAUAAAUCUAUAUACAAUCUGAUCAAACCAAAUGAUCAAUUGACAGAAUUUGAUAUGUCAACUAUCCCAACAGAUAUACUAGUCUCAAUGGUUGUCACGGCAUUGCAAAAGGUAAGCGUUGCCAAGCUAGUAAAAGGUCUGACAAUCGUUUUUGACAGAUAUAAAGACCUUACAACGAAUACCGAUAGCGCAUUUCAGGGAUUGUAUAUACCCUCCACCAAUGAAGGGUCUUUGAAAAGAAAGCGAACUGAUGAUGAUGAUAAAGAUGGUGCACGUACGCGGAUGAAGACCGACGUUGGAAACGAAACCUCAAAUGAGAUUGACGACGCAUAUAGUGAUGAUGAAUUGAAGGGAGAGUUUCUGGUUCCAGUGCCUAGAGAAUUUUCUUUCAACAAUAAGAAAGAGCACCUAGGGUUCAUUAUAAGCAAUUUCAUCAAGCUGUCAGCUCAAAAGGUCAAGCAAAAUAAGUCGAACUUAGAUUCAUCAAUGCAACAGAAUGCGCUGGAUAAACUUGCGAUCUCUAGUUGGAAUGACGAGUCUUGGGUUAAAAUCCUUUCCCGACUUGCAACUCGUGGACUCGCUAAUGAUGAGCUUGCCAAUUGUAUGAGAAAAUCCAUUUUUAAUUAUUUCAAAGAUGACAUGAGAAAUAGAAUCGAUGAAGUCAUUGAGUGGCUAAAUGAAGAAUAUUACUCAGAGAUUCGUGAUGGAACAGGUAUUCAGCCAUUGAGAGAUGGUCAUUAUAUGACGUACUGUGCAUUUACUUUGGACAAUCUGAUUCCAUUCUUGGAGUCUAGUGACAGAAAAAUCUUUAUCAGACUGAUGAGCGAGUUGCCAUACCUGGACAAGAGUCUGAUCUCAAAAAUUCGAUCUUUGUGUAAAGAUCCUGUAAGAUCCAAACUCGGUUUUCAAUCUUUGUUAUACCUCAUUAUGUUCAGGCCACCUGUGUUACAUGACUGUUUGGGGUUGCUCACAGACAUGUUGAAUGAUACUAGCAGCGAUGAUGCACUAAAGAAGGAAUGUUCGACCUAUCUCAAAAAAUAUAGCCCUCAGUAA